UUAUUAUGUACUAACUAGCGCACACUUCCGUGUAAGAAAAUCACGCCCCUUUUUCUUUCUUUCUCGCUCCUCCUCCUCCUGAUUUUAGAGAGAGAGACUACAACUGGAUUCUUCUUCUUCUUUCUCUGUUCAGGAUCUUUCAGAGAGGAAAAGAGACAAGGAAGUUAGGAUCGAGGGGGGAAUAUGAAGAUACAGUGCAACGUGUGUGAGGCGGCGGAGGCGAGCGUGCUGUGCUGCGCGGAUGAGGCGGCGCUGUGCUGGGCUUGCGACGAGAAGGUUCACGCCGCCAACAAGCUCGCCAGUAAGCACCAGAGGGUUCCUCUUUCUACUUCUUCCUCUGACAUGCCCAAAUGCGAUAUCUGCCAGGAUACAGUUGGAUAUUUCUUUUGUUUAGAGGACCGGGCUUUACUCUGCAGAAAAUGUGAUGUUGCCAUACAUACUGCGAAUUCCUUUGUGUCCGGUCACCAAAGGUUCCUGCUCACUGGGGUGAAAGUUGCUCUAGAGGCAACUGAACCCGUUGAGUCCUCUUUAGGCAAGUCAGUUUCUGGGGGAAAAGGGCCCGAAAAAAAAAAUUAUCCUGUGUCAAAGAGUGAAACCCAAAUUCCACCAGUUGGAGAAUAUAAGGCAUCGACUGUCCAUGUUGGCAGUGGCGUUCAAGAUUUUACAGCACCAAAGAUGUCAUUUACUGGGGGUUCCACUGCUGAAAGCAUUCCCCAAUGGAACAUAGAUGAAUAUAUUGGAUUAACUGAUUUCAAUGAGAAUUAUGAGUUCUUGGGUAAUGGGGGGACCUCCAAGGCUGAUAGUGGUAAGCUUGGAGAGUCUGAGUCCCCAAUUUUAAGGGCAGGCGAGGAGGAACUUGGCGAUGAUGAGUGCUUAGGUCAGGUACCAGAUGCAUCCUGGACAGUGCCACAGAUGCCUUCCCCACCGACUGCCUCGGGGUUGUGCUGGCCUAGAAGUUCUUAUAGUUCAUCAGAUUAUGCUAUAUCUGUUCCUGAUGUGAGCUACUCGCGGCUGCAAAAUGCAUCCUAUUCUCAAUCUAAUGGUACUAUCUCAAAACGUCAGAGGCAAUUCUAAACACCGCUAAACGUUCCUUCUGAAGUUUAAUUUUCGUAGGAUUUGCUGAGCUGCAGUUUGGCCAUUGCCUUUUUCUGCUUUUACUCGUGAAAUCAAAGCAAUUGGGAUGGACAAUAUUCACGUGGUUUCCAGGAGAGGAGAAUUUGUCAUCUCACUUGCUAUAAGCAUAUUCUAAGGUUCAUGCAUAAGUGUAUACGUAUUAUCGUCUCACUUGUUUUUGUUUUUUGUUUUUUGUUUUUUAAAUAUAUGAAUUUGUUAUCAUAUAUAAUUUCGUUGAUGUAUAUAUGUAAUGUAGGGUGUCUUAGAUAUACAUCGACAUAUUUAUGUAGUGUAGGUCUUCACUUGGAUAGGAAAGUACACUUUAUUUUCUCAUUCAUUUUAGUGGAGAUAGAUUGCUUGUUGCUGUUAUAAUAAAAAAAUAUUUACUUUUGUA